AUGAGGAAAAGUAAAAGAUUUUGUGUUCUGAUUUUGGUGUUUGUUUGCUGCGUGGAUCCGACAUGUUGUUGGCACGACCUGGACAACAGCGAGUAUGACUGCUGGCCUAUAGAGCGACCCAACGAGUACAACAUGAUCGACUGUGGAGGUCUGGAGAUGGCCUGGGUGGUCCGUCCUCCAGAGACGGUGAAGAUCGGCGAGGUGUUCAGCGUGGUGUACUCGGUCACAGCCAGAGACUCUUUCUACCAGUGGGCCAUGGACAACAGCAUCUUCACGCACAGUUCAAUCGUAGACGCUGUAGCAGCUCGAACCUUCUGUGAACAAGUGGACUGUCCGCUGAACUGGGCAGACGCCAACGGAGAGAAUUGCUGCAUCCAUCACGCCAACAUCCACUCCUGUCCUCUGGCGCUGAUGACAUCAGCCAGCAUCUGUGGCCCCUGGAUUCCUGAUGAUGGAAAAAUCGUCACUCACACCAUCUCGACCUCGGGGAAGAUGACCCAGACCAACUGGACGGCUAAGGUGGUUCUGUUCCAUGCCGGCCUAACGUCGCUCAUCGCUCACAUAAGAGUUGGAACCAUGCAGGCUGCUCUGGAGGCCAAAAGCACGGUGCACCCUGCUGUUGUGUGUGGGGAUGGUGUCUGUGAGGAGGCGGAGCUUUGCUCCACUUGUCCCGCUGACUGUGGCGAUUGUCCCAUGAGCGUGGGCACCAAGCUCGCCAUCGGGCUGCCGCUCAGCCUGCUCUGUCUCGGCAUAAUAGGGACCGCUGUGUGGCUGAGGUACCAGAAACAGAAGCUGCUGUGGGACGAGAGCUGGAUCAUCGAAUACACCACCAUCAAACAAGAUCAGGAGGCUCGUAUGACCAUGGGCAGCAUCAUGAGUGUCCCUGUAGGGAACAGCGACAGUAACACCAGCUGUGUCACCGCCCUCAGCUCGUACACUGGCCAACCAGGGACCAGGAAAACCCCCUUCACCAGCACCGGGAUCUAUGAUGGCAGGACGGUGGCGAUAAAGAGGAUCCAAACAAAGACGUUCUCUCUGUCCAAAACCAUCAGACAGGAAGUCAAACAGGUCAGGGAGCUGGAUCACCCUAACCUCUGCAAGUUCAUUGGUGGUUGUGUUGAGGUGCCCAACGUCGCCAUAGUGACGGAGUACUGCCCAAAAGGAAGCCUUAACGAUGUUCUUCUUAACGAGGAGACCCCGCUAAACUGGGGAUUCAGGUUUUCCUUUGCUACAGACAUCGCCAGAGGAAUGUCAUACCUCCACCAGCACAGGAUCUGCCACGGUCGACUCAAAUCUCUCAACUGUGUCUUAGACGACCGCUGGGUCUGCAAAAUCACAGAUUACGGGCUGAGGAUGUAUCGCAGGGACGAUGGGGCGGAGCCUCUUUCCACCUAUCAGCAGCGACUCUUAGAGGUGUACAUGCCACCUGAGUUUCAUAACACUAACGUGGAGCCGACGCUGGCCGGAGACGUCUUCAGUUAUUCCAUCAUUCUGCUGGAGAUCGCCACUCGCAGUGACCCCGUCCCUGCGGAGGAGUCCAACCUGGAGAGCGCCUGGUGUCCUCCCCUACCUGAGCUGAUCUCCAGUAAAGCCGACAGCACCUGUCCCUGUCCUGCGGACUACGUGGAGCUGAUCAGACGAUGCCGCUCUCAUAACCCCGCCCACCGCCCCACCUUUGAACAAAUCAGGAAGUUUGUUCACCGAAUCAACCCGAUCAAAGUCAGCCCUGUGGACAUGAUGAUGAACCUGAUGGAGAAGUACAGCAAACACCUGGAGGUGUUGGUGGCAGAGAGGACUCAGGAUCUGAUGCACGAGAAGCAGAGGACGGACCGUCUGCUCUACAGUAUGCUUCCUAAGCAGGUGGCUGAUGACCUCAGGCAGGGGAAACCUCUGCAGGCUCAGAGUUACGUCAGCGCCACCGUCUUCUUCAGUGACAUUGUAGGUUUCACACAGCUGUCCAGCAGCAGCACGCCGUACCAGGUCGUCGACUUCCUGAACAAACUGUACACGACGUUUGACGACAUCAUCGACAACUACGACGUCUACAAGGUGGAGACCAUCGGCGACGCCUACAUGGUGGUGUCCGGCGUCCCCCGGGAGAACGGGAUCCUCCACGCCUCAGAGAUCGCCAGCAUGGCUCUGGACUUGGUGGGCGUGUGUCGCACCUUCAGGAUCCCCCACAAACCCAGCACGCAGCUGCAGAUACGGGCCGGGAUUCACUCCGGUCCGGUGGUCGCUGGGGUUGUUGGGACCAAGAUGCCCCGUUACUGCCUGUUUGGAGACACGGUCAACACGGCGUCCAGGAUGGAGUCAAACAGCCUCGCCCUGAAGAUCCAGUGCAGCUCCAGCACGUUCUACCUGCUGGAGGAGAUCGGAGGCUACGUGCUGGAGUGCAGAGGGACUCUGCAGGUCAAGGGGAAAGGAGACAUGGUGACGUACUGGUUAGAGGGGAAGAAGAAGACUCCUGUCUCCAAGGACGCCAGCUCUGACGCCAAGAUGACCAGUCACGCCACCACGGAGACAGAGGCAGAGGCGAAGGGGGCGGAGCAAGAGGAGGACCUUUACACCUCUGUGCCUGGGGUUCUAGACCACGACCUCCUCCUGGAUCAAGCCUGA